GGGGUUGAGUAAACUCCGGCCUGUUGUGUAUCAUAAUACGCGUGCACGCGGGUUUACGGGUUAGCCUUGCAUCGACCACUGGAUGCUCCCUUGUCUCGCACCACGCCGUCUCGCUUGUCUUCCUCGAUCGCCGAGACCAACUUGCCCGGACUACGGAGAUAUUCCGGAAAGCGUCAACAAAACAGCCAUUUAAACGCGGCUAACGAGUAAACGAACCCGCCGUCUCUGUCUGAUCAACGGAAUUGAUCGUUCGCCGUACGAUCCAUCGAUCGAAUCAACCACGAUCAUGUUCCUCCGUACCGAGAGUUAAGUGAGUGACCGUUGAACGGGACCCGUGAACUCGCGUGACAAUUAAUCACCGCGCCUUAGUGAAAUUCCUUACAUUAGAAUUUCUACUCGUUGUUAACUUGUGGAAUAAAGUGUAAGUUACUAAAAGUGACUGAUCGAGAUCAGUGAGUGAAAUCGGCAUAAUUAAUAUCUAGGAUAUCAAUAAUGUCGGUCGUUGGGCGCUGAGGACGUUUCGCUUAAUAGUGAUCUAGGUACUGUCAGAGAGAUUCACGGCAAGUGCCGUUGAAUCUUUACUCGAAUUUUCGCGCGCACAGACACUAUCCGUAAUAAAAAUGCAUACACUGUUCGGUGAACAAAAUGCUUAUUACCGGCACGCAACGGCCGUUCCCGUUGGAAUGGGAACUCCAUCUUAUCCAGGAGUGGGCGCCGCACCAGGAUAUUACGAGCAGUAUCGCUACGGUGGGUAUGCGACGGCAGCAGGGUACCCGGUCUCGGGUAUCACUCAACAGCACAUCCAUCAUCCUGGUAAGGAUAUGGUUAAACCCCCAUAUUCUUACAUCGCUUUGAUCGCGAUGGCGAUACAGAACGCGCCCGACAAAAAGAUCACUCUGAAUGGGAUCUAUCAAUUCAUCAUGGAACGAUUUCCGUAUUAUCGUGAAAACAAACAGGGUUGGCAAAACUCGAUCAGACACAAUCUGAGUCUAAACGAGUGCUUCGUAAAGGUUCCGAGGGACGACAAGAAGCCAGGAAAAGGAAGCUACUGGUCCUUGGAUCCGGACAGUUAUAACAUGUUCGAUAACGGUUCUUAUCUGAGACGGCGUAGACGCUUCAAGAAGAAGGAUGCUCUGAAGGAGAAAGAGGAAGCUUUGAAAAGACAAGGCUUGGUACCCGAGAAACGUAACCAGGAAGAGGCGAAACCCAGUAACAUCGUGAUCCCUCCGCCGUCGGACACUUCGAACAAGAAGUUGAACACGUUGGAAACGACGUUGUGCAAACCGAAGAGAGAGCCCGUCAACGAUGCCGGAAGUCACUGUAUGGCUGUGCAAGCGAAAUACGGUCUUCACAGUCCGAUCCAGGACACGAAAACGACCGCGGCGACGACGACGGCCGCCGUCGCGGUACCCGGUCAAAGCGUCAUACAGACGGCCCUGGGACACCAGGUCCAUCCAGCUCACCAAGUACACCAGGACGCUAUCCAGGAUGUCUCUAUGGGUCUGGAUCCCACUAGCUUUAGCGUCGAUGCUCUGAUGACGACGCGAGAGAAUAGCGCCACUCUGAUGACCAGAGAGAAUCAGCACCAUACGCAUCACCCUCAUCUUCAGCAUCCUCACCCUCACUCACACUCGAUAAUGACGAGCAGAGAGUCGAUGGGCGCGGGGGUCGUGUCCAGGGACCAUUUGUCGGCGGUGUGCACGACCACGACCACGACGACAGCCGCCGUCGCAGCAAUGAUGGCGACCACCGGGUACGGCCACGGUAGCACCGUAUCCAGGAGCAACGGUUCGCCACCCGGAACUAUGUACGCGCCUUAUUGCACGCCCACGGCUGGUUACAUAAUGGAUCACGCGGAAUACAAUUCGAGAAAUCACAACAACACCGCAGGACACUCGCAAUGGUACCAAGAGGCAGCCAGUCCCGACACCGCGGCCAUUUAUCAGGAUACCCAAUCGCCGAGCUGUCAGCUUUACAGAUCCAGCCCCCCUACUCCACUGUCGAGCAGUGCAGCACCGUCGCCGCCCUUGUACCAUAGAUAUUACCAAGACUGCAACACCGUCAACACCAGUGGCAAUUUACCCAUCACGCUGCACAAAUACUGAGAAUACCGAAAUUCAAGGCCUCAUCAUCGAGGUCUUGAAGAGCACCAUACCGAUCACUACGACCCGAGCUUGGUUUACGUGAAGCAAGAGUGGAUCCCCAGCACGGAAGAACUCGCCAAAGAGUGGAAUUAGAUAAGUUCUAGAAAUUCUGAUAAAAUGGCAAAGUUCACGAGUCGUGAAUGUAUUUAGCACGUCUUAGCGCAACGAUAAAUGUUAACGAAAUAGGGAAAAAUUAGCGAUUCUAUCGUGAGUUAUUCAGAACUAGCUGAUUUUUACUUUGAUUAUCGAGUUCAAGCUGUUCGUCGAUCUUUUUAAAUUUCUAAACAAAAAUCGAAACCGGACUCUGUCGAAACGUGCGUGGUCGCAACGCAACCACUUGACAUUUUAAUGUCGUUAUUGCGAUUAGCGAACACGUGUUCCAACUGUUCAGAAGCAAAAAAAAAGGUUACACGUAUACGUACGUGUAACUAAAAGAGCCCGUGGAUUGACAUAUGACCUAAAACUGGCCGGUGGUACGCUGAGAGACAAUUUCUUUCCAUUCCCCUCCGGCUACGGAGUCUGGAGAGUUUGAUAAUUGAAUGCACCUAAUUGAACGUCUCAAAGAGAACCAUUUUAAAAACUUCUUGUAACUUUUUUCAUUGCUGACGUUCUUCUUGUUCUUUUAAUUAUCUCUUAAAUUAAAUCUCAACAUUUUCGUUACUUCGCCUUGGAUUCAUCGUAGGACUUCGAGGCAAGUCAAAGAUGGUGGAAGAUGUUAAAUUUAAUCCUUUCGUGGGCAGUCAUUUGAAGUCUUUUAUUAUUUUAUGGCAGAAACGAAGGUUAAGUUCAACUUUGAUGCCUUUGGUUUUCGUAUGUCUGAUUGCUCUUAUCGCAACUAGAAUCAUUCAUUAAUGAAUCGGAAGUGCGAGUGGAGCGAGAUGUGCCCCAAGAAAACAGUUGUGAAUAUCAAUGACGAUCGUAGUCACCUGAGCAAACAAAGGCAAGUCUCCGUCCUGACCUACUCUAAUUUGACCGAUUUGAAAUUCCUUUUUUCCCUCGCAAUCGUGUUCGUAUGUACGUCAGUUCUGGUGCAACUGUAAAAACCUUCCACAAAUUAAACAGGUAAAAAAAAUAUCCUGAAAAUUGCGCAGGUCUUUGCUUGUAGACGUUGCUUUCGUCACGUACACGUUAUCAGUGUUUUUAACGAUGAUAGUGAUAAUAUAGAAGCAUAUAUUUUAAUUGCAUCGCGAUGUUUAUGGAGUUAACGACUGUUAGGUAUAGAAUCAACCUAUUUUGCAUUUGUAAUAAUUUUUAAUUACCCGACAGUGUUCUACGAUCACUGCUUACUAUUUCCCGGCACGUUCGAACAUUUUCAUCGAUCUUUCACCGCCAUAUUGGAGAAGAUCUAAAAUGGUGGCUUGCGAUUAUGGUAGUUCAGAGUAAAUCACACUUUAUUCUAUUUCAUACUAAUCAACCCCCUAAAUUCGUCACUUCGAAAUCGUGAAAGUUUUUCCUUAGAUAAUUUAGUGGAACGUGACGAGGACGUGAUAGAAUUCAUUGUAAAAGAGAAAAAAAUAAAGUGAUAUGAUAGUUUGAAGAGGUGUUUCGUGUCUCGUCGUUUGUGCAUUUAUCUAUGUAAAUGUCAUUCCUUGCAACCGAUUUGUGACGAAAUUGGUUGAACCGACGAGAGCUGAGAUAAUAUAAUAUAUUUAUUAACGACAAGAUCAUGUGAAUAGUUAACGAUUUAAACGAAAUCGUAUAGUAGAUAGAUCUCUGCGUGUAUAUUAUUAAAAAAAAGAGUAUAUAUAGAUAUAGAUUGUAUAGAUGAAGCUAUAUAUGUAUAAAUAGACAGAUAUAUAUAUAUGUAUACAUGAAACGUAUUGGUAUCAACGAUUAAUAUUAAUAAUUGCAAACUUAUUAACGUAGGAUGAGAUUCGUGCGAAUACGAA